GGUCUUUACGUAAAAAGGGUGUGCAUAUACUUUUGGACAGUGGUUGAUGGUCACGUGUAAUUGAUUCUUGUUAAGGUGACAAGCCUGAUAUAUUAUAAACGGGCAGCUGAAUUAUUACAUUCAUUUACACAAGGCGGUUCAUAACGUCAACGCUUGCUUACCCGCCGUCAUAGAAUACUCUAUUUCGUCUAGACAUAUUUCGGAUUCUUAUUUUUUUUAAUAGUGCUUCUUUUAUUGCAAUAAAAAAGAAACUGUUCCGUGUACUUAAAUUUACCGACAGUUGAAAUGGAUUUAUAAAUGUGUAAUUUUGUGAUAUUUAUUCUGUAUUUGGAUAUUGAUUUGACAGAAUGACACGAGAAACCCCAGAAUGGGUGGAUCACCUGAAGGGUGACACAAUGCCCAGAAUGUCAUCAAAAACUGACGAGGAUUUCUGGAGAACAACGAACUCGAUGCCUCGUCGUUUUCACGGAGGAGAGUCGGGUGGCGGGUAUCACCAGGGCUGGAGUCACAGGAAUUACGACUACGGAGACUCGUCCGGGACAUUAGCAAAUAGUCCUAGUGGUUCGCUGAAGUCCUCGAAAUCCGCACGUGCAAUGACCGCAAGGAAUUGUGGUCUGAUUGUCUUACUUAUCAUUGGAGCACUGCUGCUGGCCAUUGGCAUUGGCUUGCUUGUAUAUUAUUUAUUAUUAGGAUCACCCGGCUUUGCUAGAUAUCGCAGUACUACAACGGACAAUGAGAUGAGAUUGCAAAACGUGCCAUAUCGCGCUGCAAUGGCCAAUACGUCGUCUGCUGCAUUUGCAAGUGUCGCUACUCCUUUCUGUGCAGAGAUAGACAAGUAUUUCAAAGACAGCACCUACAAAGACGUUUAUGUUGGUUGUAAAGUCCGAGAACUAGUACCCACAAUGGAACCAAUAAUAUGUGAAUGUGCAGGAAUAUGGAACAAAUCUGGUCUCGCAGAAUAUAUUCAAGAAGGAGCGGUGACAGUGCGUUUCAAUCUGACAUUCCGAGGUGACAUUGACGGUCUGGAGCUUGAUAUUCCGAGUAUUAUAGACUCUAAGACAAAGAAAAGUGAUGUAGCAGGCUACUUGGCUCUUUUCCUCAAAGAUUUCCUCGUUGAUGUCAGGAGCAAGGGUGGAAUACAGCCAACAACUAGCAGGCCCAUCAACCCUGAAGUUGGUGUCCUUGCUAACUUGACUAUCUGGGUUUAUAACCUAUCCUACUCGGAUAUACUGAGAGACAAGACGUCACGACAGUUCCUAUAUCUUGCAAAUCCUUUUUGCGAUGACAUUGAAGAAAUCAUGCAAAACAGUAUACUCAGCAGCCGCUAUGACAGCUGUGAAGUUUUCGCAUUCGAUACAAACCCAGAUGUAGCUGUUGCGCAUGUGCGAUUUACUGGCGAUGAUACGGAAGCGUUACAGCGCCUUAUUGCCAAGACAAUAAUGGAGGGGGCUAGAGUAGUGAGGGUGGAUGGCCGACGGCGAAAAAUAUUAGGGAGAUUACUUAUCACACCGCCGGAAGGAGAUGGAAAUAUAAUUGUUGUACCAAUUCCGGUAAAUCCAGGGGCUACCAUAAGACCAACGCCUACAAGAACUGUUGACCUAGAUGGAAAUCCUUAUAUAGAUAUGUACCUGUAUACUUACAACCUGACUUACACACCAGCCCUUAGUGAUAGGAACUCUGUCUUGUUCAAAGAUUAUUCACAGCGAUUCUGCAAAGAUUUGGAGAAACAUAUCAGACAGAGUUCCUGGAAGGACUACUUUUACUCCUGUGAUAUAAUUGGAUUUUACCCGCCAGGCCCUGGAAAACGGUUUACAUCGCUUCGUGCUUUGCUGAAGGUCGGUGACCCAGUCAUCUACAAUCCAGAUUCCUUGAAGCAAAUUAUCAUGACCUAUGCACCCCUACAUGAAUUCAUGGACGAUCCCGAUGGUCCAUUGAAGACGUAUCUAGUCGGAGAUCUUCUAGUGAUUCUAGCAGACGGCAGUUUUGUCUUACGCUAUACGCCGUACCAAACCGCAACGUCUCUGUACCCGUCUACAGACACAAUCACGGCACCAAUGACAUUUAGGACGGCUUUCACGACCUACAGCUUUAUUCCACCAAAGUCCACUCCAGGAAUGACUUGGCCUGUGUCAAGUUCACUAACGGUUAUUGUUUACAAUUCCACAAAUGCUUUCGUGGAUGCUCUACUGUACGGUUUUGGGUAUACGACAGACCUUGAUGAUAAAACAUCACCAAUGUUCCUUCGACUGCAAUCAAGAUUUUGUACAGACAUCGAUAGAUACUUCAAGAAUAGCAAUAUGAGAGAAAUUUACCAAGACUGCAGAAUUGAGAAUUUCAAGCCAUCUCCUCAUGGAUUGGUUUUCAAACUGACGUUUGCAGCACCUCUAGGAGAUUAUCUCCGCAGAAAUAUAACAUCUAUAAUAGCAUCCCAAGCACCGCACGAGCAACUUGGGGACUACGAGCUUCUUGAUGUUGGUGAUUUAAGGAUUAUUUGGAAUGAACGAGACGUCAAAAUUUCCGUGACAAACUUCACAGGAGGUGCAACCCAGACAAUACGACCGUCUAGAACAAUUGAUGUACGUCCCACUGACACGGGUGUCACUGUAUAUUCGGCCACUCUAGCGGACAUCACGUGUUUAAUGUACAACAGGUCUCUGCCGUUCUACCGUGAUGAUCGGACAUCCUUUGGUUUUGUCAAACAACAGGAGAAAUUUUGCGAGGAUAUAGCCACAUACUAUGGUUACGGAAAACUUGCUGCAUCUUACAAGAACUGUUACAUAGUUCGAUUCAGACGCUCGCCGAACUCUGUGAACUUCCAUCUUAUAUUCGGAGAACUCCUGACGGAUACGUUGAAAGCUGCGAUAAUUGACGAAUUGGAAAUGCAUGCUCCCCGUCACGUGAUUGAUAGGAAAGAAAUGUUUGAAGUUGGAGAUCUUAUGCUUCUGUCAAAAAGCUGUAACGUGUCCUUGCAUCCGGUCAACUACACUGAAACCGACCAUUCAGUAAUUCCGACAAUCAGACCUACACAAACUGCUGGAGUAACUCCCUCUCUCAUUUUCAAGUUUUGUCUCGGAAAUCCAUGUCGUAAUGGAGCAACAUGUGUCGAGUCUAUAAAUGGUUUCCACUGUCAGUGUCCAGAUGGUUGGACAGGACACGACUGUAGCUACGAUAUAAACGAGUGUAGCGUGAACAGGUGUAAGAAUGGCGGCACGUGUCAGAACACUCCUGGAUCGUUUGUUUGCAGAUGCCCAUCCGGCUGGACUGGACUACAUUGUGAAUAUGAUAUCAAUGAGUGUGGUGGUGGUAACCCGUGUCUGUACGGGGGAACAUGUCAGAACACUAUGGGUGGAUUCUUCUGUCAGUGUCCACAAGGCCGCACGGGCCAGCUCUGCGAAGAAAAUGUGUACGAGUGCCAGGAGAAAGGUAUUUGUCUCAACAACGGAACAUGUGUGGACACAGCAGGGUCGUAUUACUGUCUGUGUCAGAACGGAUGGACAGGGGACCAUUGUGAAUUAAAUAUAAAUGAGUGUGCGGAUAAACCGUGUCAGAAUGGAGCCACGUGCUACGACACUCAAGGAUCAUUCACGUGUCAGUGUCCACCACAAUGGAGAGGACCUUACUGCGAGAGAGAUGUUCACGAGUGCAUAGAGAGGCCAGAUAUAUGUAAAAACGGAGCAAGCUGUUUUAACUUGGUUGGUGACUACAUGUGUAGGUGCCUGACUGGAUGGACAGGCCGUAAUUGCGAAACAGACAUUCGUGAGUGUGACACAAACCCUUGUCAAAACAAUGCAAGAUGUGUGGAGAAGCCUGGUUCCUACGAGUGUAUUUGCUUACCGGGAUACAGCGGACCAAAUUGCGGCAAAGAUAUUGAUGAAUGUUUUGUGUACAGUCCGUGCAAAAAUGGAGCAACUUGUAUCAAUGAAAUUGGAACAUACCGUUGUAUUUGCCCAUCUGGAUGGACAGGCGAGAACUGCACAGUAGAUAUAGAAGAAUGUGGUUUCAACCCGUGCCUCAAUGGUGGUACAUGCGAGGAACUUCAAGGAUCAUACAAAUGCUCGUGUCCUAGAGGUUUCACAGGAGCCACGUGUGAUACAGAUGUGAACGAAUGUGAACAGUUUCCAUGUGGAAAUGGAGCACGCUGUAUCAACACGGUAGGAAGCUACUACUGUGUGUGUCCACUUGGUUUUACAGGACCUGAUUGUCGUCAAGAUCUGGACGAAUGUGCCAACGGCGGUUUUAACACACCCUGUCAGAACAACGGCACAUGUAUGAAUUCGUACGGCUCUUACUACUGUGUGUGUCGGGAUGGAUGGACAGGCAUCAACUGUACUGUUGAUUUUAACGAGUGUAACUUCCAGCCUUGUGGUAACGGUGGAACAUGUGUGAACACACCUGGAGCAUACUACUGUAACUGUCCUAUAGGCUUUACAGGAAAGGACUGCGGAACAGACGUUAAUGAGUGUAUAAGUGUGAACCCCUGCCUCAACAAUGGUACAUGUGUGAACACUGUAGGGGGAUAUUACUGCCGGUGUCAAGAUGGAUGGUCUGGAGACAACUGUGGAACAUUUGUCGAUGUAUGCAAAACCAUUUCUUGUGAAAACGGAGGAACCUGUUUGGGUUUACCAAGUCAGCUUUGUGAAUGCACAAGGGGGUGGUCAGGAACAUAUUGCAGAAUUGAUAUAAACGAAUGUCUAGUAAAUUCCCCCUGUCUGAAUGGUGGGACAUGUAUCAAUACUGCUGGUGGAUAUGAAUGCAGAUGUAAGCCUGGAUGGAAAGGACCAAACUGUGAUACAUUGAGCCAGGAUUGCCUUCUCCAGCCGUGUAAGAAUGGAGCUACGUGCCUAGACGGUAUCGAUGGCAAGUUUAGAUGUCAGUGUCCUCCAGAGUGGACAGGACCUACUUGUACCGAAGAUAAGAAUGAGUGUACAGAAUAUAUUGAGGCUUGCGAAUACGGAGGGACUUGCGUUAACAGGAUUGGAGGCUAUGAAUGUAUAUGUCCAAGAGGAAGAACUGGUCCUACCUGCGGUGAUGAUGAAGAUGAAUGUAUAUUAUACCGUCCCUGUGCUAACGGAGCCACUUGUGUAAAUACUGACGGUUCGUAUCAGUGUUUCUGUGCGGACGGAUGGACUGGACAAAAUUGUACCGAAGACGUGAAUGAGUGUCUAACAGAUAUAUGUACAAACGGGGGAAGAUGUGAGAAUCUGAUUGGCUCUUACAAAUGUUACUGCCCACCAAAUUGGACAGGACCAAAUUGUCGUAGAAAUGUUGACGAGUGCAGCGUGUACAUGCCCUGCAGACAUGGAGGCACAUGUAUAGAUAGUCCAGGGUCUUAUGCUUGUAGGUGUCCUGGUGGAUGGACAGGUGUUAAUUGUACUCAAGAUUAUAAUGAAUGCAUUGGUAUUGCUGAUCCUUGUCUCAAUGGAGGCACUUGCGAGAACAAAAAUGGUUCGUACAGUUGUAUAUGUCCUGAUGGAUGGAUUGGUCAAUAUUGCGGAGAAGACCGGAAUGAAUGUUUGGACCCAACGGUCUGUAAAUUUGGAGGUACUUGCGUCAACUUACCCGGUUCUUAUAGAUGUCAGUGUCCUCCCGGAAGAACAGGCACAAAUUGUGAAACAGAUGUAAAUGAAUGUGAUUUCAACCGUUGUAUGAACAAUGCCACGUGUGAAAAUACUCCUGGCUCAUUCAUAUGUCAGUGUUUACCAGGAUUUGAGGGACAGUACUGCGAGAAAAAUAUUGACGAAUGUACUGUGUACAGGCCAUGUAUGCACGCGGAGAGAUGUAUAGAUAUGUAUGGAACUUACAUUUGUGAAUGUAAACUCGGCUGGAUGGGCAAAGAUUGUGACAAAGAUGUGGAUGAGUGUGCCAUUGCUCUCGAACCAGGAGUACCUUGUUUCAACGGUGGCACGUGUACAAACUCUCUAGGAUCAUACAGAUGCGCAUGCAAACCAGGUUGGACUGGACAGAACUGUGAAGUUGAUGUUAACGAAUGUGCGCUCAAUCCAUGUAGAAAUGGUGGUAACUGUGUGAACUUAGAUGGCACUUACCAAUGUCAGUGUCCACCAGAAUGGACCGGUAAAGACUGUAUGGUUGAUGUGGACGAGUGUCUGCUGUAUGCACCAUGUUUGAAUGGCGGUACUUGUACAAAUAUUGCUGGAGGUUAUAUCUGUCGCUGUCCGGAACAAUGGAAGGGAGAUGACUGUCAACUUGAUGUGGACGAAUGUCUAAGCUUCAAUCCAUGUAGUAACGGAGGUACAUGUAUCAACAUCAGAGGAAGCUUUCAGUGUUUGUGUCCGCCGCAGUGGACAGGAGAAAAAUGCACCAUUGAUUUUAACGAAUGUAACAUGACAAACCCAUGUUUACAUGGCGGUACUUGUACAAAUACCAUCGGAGGAUACCGGUGUUUUUGCCCACCUGCAUGGACUGGAGAACUCUGCGAAUUAGAUAUCAAUGAAUGUGAAACAACUCCACCAAUAUGUCGAAACGGGGGAACCUGCUACAAUUCUUACGGUUCUUUCAUAUGCCGAUGUCCACCGGAAUGGACAGGACAAACUUGUGAAGAAGAUCCGGAUGAGUGUGUUGAAAUAAAACCAUGUCAUAAUGGCGCAACAUGUAUAAACCAGGCUGGCGGAUAUGUUUGUCAGUGUCCGCCGGGAUGGACGGGCAAGGACUGUAACUUUGAUGUAGACGAAUGCUCUAAAUCACCAUGUGCAAAUGGGGGAAUAUGUUUGAACAGUUUUGGCUCGUUCACGUGCGAUUGUCCACCGGAAUGGCGCGGACCACUCUGCAAAAAUGAUACGAAUGAAUGCCAGCUGAAUCCUUUCAUUUGCCUGAACGGGGGUGUAUGUAUCAACACAGAAGGUGGAUACAGGUGUGAAUGUACGCAAGGAUGGGGAGGCAAACACUGCGGAGAAGAUAACAACCCAUGUUUGAGAAUACAGUGUUUGAACGGUGGUACUUGUGGUGAAUCCCUGACACAGGCUGGGCUUUACAGCUGUGUUUGUCCGCAAGGAUGGUCUGGUGACAGAUGUCAAUAUGAUGUAAAUGAAUGUCUGGAGUUAAAUCCUUGUAAAAAUGGCGGAACCUGUAACAACCUGGUUGGCUCUUACUACUGCCAGUGUCCUCCUGGAUUCGAAGGCGAAAACUGUGAGAUAGAUCGAAAUGAAUGCCUAAGGAACCCGUGCCAGAAUGGAGCAACAUGUGUUAAUACAAUUGGUUCCUACUACUGCACGUGCUUGGAAGGUUGGGAAGGAAUACACUGUGCUCUAGAUCGCAAGGAGUGUACAAUGCUAACCAAUCCGUGCAAUGGCCAUGGCACAUGUAUUGAGCUGGCUGGGUCCUUCAGAUGUGACUGUGACAAGGGCUGGACAGGACCUCAUUGUGCCAAUGAUACCGACGAAUGUUUGGAAAUCACGUGUUUGCAUGGUGGAACGUGCAAGAAUAUACCUGGAGAUUUUCUGUGUGAAUGUACCCCAGCUUGGACAGGAAAAUAUUGCGAAAACGAUGUCAAUGAAUGUCUGAAGAUUGAGUGUUUGAACAAUGCCACAUGUGUGAACAGGGCAGGAACAUACUUAUGUGAAUGUAAGCCAGGAUAUACCGGAGAGUUUUGUGGGGAAGAUGUGGAUGAAUGUCUAAAGUUCCCGUGCUUUAAUAACGGCACAUGUGUUAAUACUAAAGGUUCAUUUACAUGUUUAUGUCCUCCAGGAUUUGAAGGAGAGCUAUGUCAGAGAAAUGUAAAUGAAUGUCUGAGAAACCCGUGCAAGAAUGGCGGCACCUGUAUCGAUCGCGUUGGUUCAUACGAAUGUAUAUGUCCAGAUCAGUGGUCAGGACCGAACUGCGACAAUGAUACCGACGAAUGCUUCAGUAACCCGUGCAGUCAUGGUGCCACGUGCAGGAAUAUUCCAGGCGGCUUUAUCUGUGAUUGUUCUGAAGGCUGGACGGGUCCUACAUGCAAAAUUGAUGAUAAUGAAUGCAGCCGUGGACCUUGUUUGAACGGUGCCAGAUGUGAAAAUACUCUCGGCUCAUUCCAGUGUAUCUGUGCGGAAGGUUGGACAGGAGUCCUUUGCGACCAAGACGUCAAUGAGUGUUUAUAUCCCCUUCCGGUUUGUAAGAAUGGUGGCACGUGUCAGAAUACGUACGGUUCAUACAGAUGUAUAUGUCCACCGGCAUGGACGGGAAAGGACUGCACGGCUGACGUGGACGAGUGUGCCAGGAUUGAAUGUUUGCACGGAGGUUUCUGUAUGAACUUGAAUGGCUCGUAUAAAUGUGAUUGCCCGCCAGAAUGGACUGGGGAUAUAUGUCAAACUGAUGUAAACGAGUGUCUCGAUUUAGUGGAUGCAUGUCUGAAUGGCGGCACUUGUAGAAACUUGAUCGGCUCAUACCGUUGUGAAUGCCCUGAUGGCUGGUUUGGUGAUAAAUGUGAACUUGAUAGGGAUGAGUGUUUGCAGAAUCCCUGUUAUAAUGGCGGUUUGUGUACAAAUACAGUCGGGUCAUUUAGUUGCCGUUGUGCACUUGGAUGGACCGGACCCACCUGUCUCAUAGAUAUUAACGAGUGUCUUGACAUGCCGUGUCUAAAUGGAGGAACGUGUGAUAAUACUCAAGGUUCCUAUAUCUGUCGAUGUCCAAAAGGAUUCACCGGACCAAACUGUGAAAACGAUGUAAAUGAAUGUGAACUGGGUCCCUGUCUGUACGGGGGCACCUGUAUCAACACUAUCGGGUCAUUUUACUGUGAAUGCCCACCUGGAAGAACAGGCGUCGAUUGCAGAAAUGAUACAAAUGAAUGUGAACAGAAUCCAUGUUUACAUGACGGUAUGUGCUUCAACACGGACGGGUCCUACAGGUGCCAGUGCACGGAGUUCUGGGAGGGUCAAGACUGUCAGAAAGACCGUAAUGAAUGUAUGGACUUCAUGUGUUUGAAUGGCGGAACAUGUAAUAACCUGAUUGGUGGGUACGAAUGUGUCGAUUGCAAUGCUGGAUGGACUGGCCAGAUAUGUGAAAUAGAUAUCGAUGAAUGUUUGAAUGUCACAAACCCCUGUCUACAUGAUGGAAAAUGCAUUAAUACCAAGGGAUCUUUCAUUUGCCAAUGUUCAACAGGAUGGAGGGGCAAGAUCUGUGAGAUAGAUGAAAAUGAGUGUUUGAUGUACCCUUGUCAGCAUGGUGCUACCUGUAACAACCUCCCUGGAACAUACGAAUGUAUUUGUGCUGAUGGUUGGGAAGGUGAUAAUUGCCAGUUAGAUAUAAACGAGUGUCAACUAUUUGCACCGUGCUUAAAUAAUGGUAUAUGUUACAAUGGAGCUGGAACAUAUUCCUGCCAAUGUCAAGCAGGGUGGACAGGAAGGAAUUGUGAAGUUGAUAUCAACGAAUGUCUCCAACAACCCUGUCAGAACGGUGGCACGUGCUUUAACACGGACGGUUCUUUUACAUGUGAAUGUCCUGCUGGAUGGUCAGGCCCCACAUGCGCUAUGGAUGUGAACGAAUGUAACAUGUUACAGUGUGCAAACGGAGGCUCGUGUAUUAAUACUCCCGGUUCUUACACGUGCAUUUGUGAUAUAGGAUGGACUGGAGAACUUUGUAAUAUAGAUAUAGACGAGUGUCUGUCUGUCACGUGUUUAAAUGGUGGCACGUGCAUCAACGAGAUAGGUGGAUUCCGUUGUGAGUGUCCGCCCGGCUUCCGAGGAGAUACAUGUGGAAUAGAUAUAAAUGAAUGUUCGGAAUAUUUCGGAAUAUGUCAAAAUGGUGGACAAUGCUUUAAUUCCAUUGGAAGUUAUACUUGCCAAUGUGCAACUGGAUGGACAGGACAAAACUGCACAGAAGACUUAAAUGAAUGUCUACAGAACCCUUGUUUGAAUGGCGGAACGUGCACAAACACGCUAGGUUCCUAUAUGUGUCAAUGUACACCUCAAUGGAUAGGGCCACGGUGUGAAAUAGAUUACAAUGAAUGUCAGAACUUAUCUAUAUGUGCAAAUGGCGGACAAUGUAUCAACACUGAGGGAGGAUUUACAUGUAGAUGUCCGACAGGAUGGACAGGACCCACUUGCCUCAUAGAUAUCAACGAAUGUAUACCAGAGAACCCUUGCCUGAACAGUGGAAUAUGUAAAAACCUGCAAGGAUCCUAUGAGUGUAUAUGUCCACCGGGUUUCACUGGCGUAAAUUGUGAAUCAGAUGUCAACGAGUGUUUUAAUAACCCAUGUAAGUUUGGUGGCACAUGUAUCAAUACAGUGGGGUCGUACUUCUGUAACUGUUUGCCUGGAAGAUCAGGACAAAACUGUGAUGGAGAUUAUGACGAAUGUGUACAGAAUCCAUGCAUCAACGGUGGAACGUGUUAUAACAAUGAAGGUUCCUAUACAUGUUACUGUCCGCCUGGUUGGACAGGACCUAACUGCGAAAUCGAUGUAGAUGAAUGCUUAACCAAUCCAUGUCUAAAUGGUGGUACUUGCAUAAACAAUGCCGGAUCGUACACUUGUCGGUGCCCGGACGGAUAUACAGGAGAGAACUGUGAAACUGACGUCAACGAAUGUUUGACCAAUCCAUGUCUAUAUGGCGGCACUUGUUUCAACACACCAGGCUCUUACGUGUGUCAGUGUAUAGCAGGCCGAACCGGUGUCAACUGUGAACGAGAUGUUGAUGAAUGUUUAGAGCUAGAUAUAUGUAAGAAUGGUGGUACAUGUAUCAAUACACAGGGAUCAUACCUCUGUAAUUGUCCACCACAAUGGACUGGAACACAUUGUGAAAAUGGUAGGUAUUGUCCAUUGGUUUGA